AUGCCAUCAAUAUUCUCCUGUCUCUUCCCACAACUUGUCAGACCCAAAGCCCCCAAAUACGACACGAAUCUGAUGGAUAUGCCGGCGGAUUGUAUGAAUAUCAUAUUGGGACACACGUGGUUUGAGGAUAUCCAUACCCUUCGUCAAGUCUGCCACUCCCUCCGCACCCACAUCGACGCCACAAAUCCCCAUCCGGAUGUCCAAUUCCUGGAUUUCAGCGUCCAAAUCACCGCGACGCGUGUCCUCCUGAAUUACAUGGCAGAAAAGAGAAUGGGCGAUAUCAAAUAUGAAAUGAAAGGGGAUGAUUGUGAAGUUACCCAAGGAUUACUGUACCUGGUCGGCAGGAAAAGAAGGGAGCGGAAAGUUAGAAAAUUGGUAGAAAAUCAAAAUUACCUGAAUGUCUUCUACAAUGACUUCGAGCGACUUCUGAAAUACCACAACCAAGGAGUUCUAGGCACUCUAACCCUUCAUAUAGCUCCAGGGAUCUCCCCUGACAUUGCUCAAGUCAUGAUGAGAGUCCUGGCAGCAAAGCCCCGCCCACUUCAAGUACGAGACAUCGAUAUCUAUACGGAGGCGCCUGAAGAGUUCCUUCCGGUGCUCUCACUACUGGAUCCGAGAGAGGUGGAGAGUCUGACGAUCAAAUCUCGGGAAUCUGAGGAGAAGAGGAUUCUAAAGUUGAAUCUGGAGAAGUGGACAAAGCUGGGACACUUGGAUAUCGACCCGUGGAUUGUUGAUGUCCCACCGAUGAGUAGUUUCAGAACGUUGUGGGCGGCUACUCUACAUUUUGAGACACUUAGUGGGGAGCAGAUGGCAGAGGUAGUGGAGAUCAUCCGAAACAAACAUCGUUGCCGCCACUUAGACUUCACCUUCCGAACCUUCGAGAAUCUGGAAGCGUUCCUCUAUUCCCUCAAAACACGCUUCUGGCUCGGUCGUGACGGAGAAGUGGAGUGUUUCAUGGAGUUUCCGAAGGGACAGAUUACUGUAGACAAGGGAAAAAACCGUAUUCAACUGAAACAAGAGGUCUGGGACUUCAAGAUAACCGGGGAUGACGAUGUGAUCGAUUGGGAUGAGAUUUACAGGAAUUUGCCGGAGGAAGAAAGAAAAUAUAUAAGAAAAUAG